AUGGAACAUUACAUGCCAGAGAUUUUCUGGCAUGACAGGACAGCACUUCUGUCCGUGGACUGUCAUCCGGUUAUUGAGAAUGGAGCUUACAGAAUAGUUACAUCUAGCGUCCAGAAGGAGGUCCGCAUUUGGCGGUUUGAGUAUGAACAAGUUACAAAAGUGUCUUCGAAGUACCAGUUGGCAGUAACCUUUCUCGCUAAUCUCUCCGGACACAACGUCGCCAUCAAUCAAGUGAAGUUCAGUCAGAACCCAGAAUUGAACCUGUUGGCAUCUGGAGAUUCUGAUGGACGUAUUGCCAUUUGGCAGCUAUCAGAUACAGCCACCAUUGCACCACCGGUUGAUGAUUUGCCGCCGAACAAGGAGAAUUGGGUCCGUAUCAGAGUUUUGAAUCACGACAGUGAAGUAACAAGCUUGGCUUGGAGUCCAGAUGGAAGACUUCUUGCCUCUGUAUCUAAUGACGAGUCUUUACUAGUGCAUAAUGUGUCAUCAGGUAAACGUUCUGUGACAGUACGGAAUUUGCGGCAUUUUCCUUGCGGUGUCGCAUGGGAUCCUAAAGGAAAAUACCUUGUCACAAUGUCUACUGACCGUAAAAUGGAUCUAAUCGAUGCAACGAGAGGCACAAGGCUCCGAAUGUUUGGGGUUUCCGCUUUACCGGCAGUCACCAUCCUGGAUGUCCCUUUAGAACAUAAGGUUUAUAAACUCUUCCAUGACGACCAACUGAUGAGUUUUCAACGAGGCAUAGCUUUUUCGCCUUGUGGACACGACAAACCCUUCGCUUUUCUACCGUGUCCGAAGGCUACGUUUCUAAUCAGAUGUUGUCCUCUUAUAAUGACGCUUAAAAAGGAGGAAACUAAUUACACUGGGUUAGAUAGUGUUUACUUUUACGACAGCCAACAUCCCAUUCCAAUCGGUCUUGUAGAAAAUAUCCAGUACAACAGUCUGACAGAGGCAACGUGGAGUGCCGACGGAAGGAACGUUGUGAUUUCGUCCCUUGAAGGAUACUGCACAUUUUUAAAGCUCACAGUUGAACAGUGGGGAUGCAAGGUGCUCCAUUCGAUUUUGUUUUAG